AUGGCCAUGGAGCAAGCAAUUUAUCUCGUCUUGGCUCUCCUCCUGCCUCUCCUGCUCCUCAAGCUCAUCAGGAACCGCAGCCACGGCGCUGGCCAGCAGCUGCCGCCUGGCCCCUGGCGGCUGCCGGUCAUCGGCAGCCUGCACCACCUCGCCGGCAAGCCGCUGGUCCACCGCGCCUUCGCCGACAUCGCACGCCGGCUGGGCGACGCGCCGCUCGUGUACCUCAAGCUCGGUGAGAUGCCCGUGGUGGUGGUGUCGUCGGCCGAGGCCGCGCGCGAGGUCAUGAAGACGCAGGACCUCACGUUUGCGACGCGGCCAUGGAGCCCGACCAUCAAGAUCCUCAUGUCCGACGGUGCCGGGCUGGCGUUCGCGCCCUACGGCGCGCACUGGCGUCAGCUCCGCAAGAUCUGCAUCAUGGAGCUGCUAAGCGCCCGCCGGGUAAAAACGUUUCGGCACGUCCGGGAGGAGGAGGUGAGGCGCCUCGUCGCCGCCAUCACAGCGGGUGCGGGCGAGCCCGUCAACGUCAGCAAGCGGCUCGCCGUGCUCAUCGCGGACAUGACCGUGCGCGCCAUGAUCGGGGACAGGUUCAGCAGGCGGGAAGAGUUCCUGGUGGUGCUCCAGCAGGGGGUAAGGAUCCUUUCCGGGUUUAACCUCGGCGACCUCUUCCCCUCAUCCCAACUCGUCGGCUUCGUCAGCGGCUCCGCCCCACGGGCAUGGGAGAAUCACACCAAGAGCUUCGAGCUCAUCGAGUGCGCCAUCAAGCAACACCAGGAGGUGAAGGCCGCCGCCACAGCGUCCAACGGCGACGGCAAGGAGGAGGAGCAGGAGGACCUAUUGGACGUGCUCCUGAGGAUACAGAAGGAAGGUGGCCACGACGUGCCUUUUACCAUGGGAGCUAUCAAAUGUCUAUUAGUGGACUUGUUUAGUGCUGGGAGCGAGACGUCGGCAACGACGCUCAUCUGGGCCCUAUCGGAGCUGAUGAGGAACCCAAGGGCCAUGGCAAAAGCACAAGCCGAAGUACGUGACAGCCUACAAGGAAAGCCAAGUCUGACUGAGGAUGAUCUGGCCGAUCUCAAGUACAUCAGGCUGAUCAUCAAGGAGACGUUGAGGCUGCACCCGCCCGGGCCAUUGUUGUUGCCGCGCGAGCCCACGGAGGCGUGCAAGGUCCUCGGGUAUGAUGUGCCGAUGGGCACCACCGUGUUCGUGAACGCGUGGGCGAUCUGCAGAGACCCCAAGCACUGGGACACCGCGGAGGAGUUCAGGCCAGAGCGGUUCGAGUCCGGCGAAGUAGACUUCAAGGGAACCAACUUCGAGUACACACCGUUCGGGGCAGGCAGGAGGAUAUGUCCCGGGAUGAUGUUCGCGCAUUCUAGCAUGGAGCUCACCCUUGCCGCCCUUCUCUACCACUUCGACUGGGAGCUUCCUGCCGGAGGAGAGUUGGACAUGGAAGAGGAGAUGGGAAUCACCGUCGGGCGGAAGAACGACCUGUACCUACAAGCCAAAGUCCUCGUGCCGCUUAAUUAG